GUAAAUGGUCGAUUUUCCUGUUUGCCGUUCUCCAUACAACGGGAUUGAUUUAAUUUUAUAGAAAAGGACGCAGUGUUCAAUUUCUACAUAAUUUGCAAUAUUAUUUAUCUUUAUUUUUUGUUCGAUUACAUGUAUUUUUAUAAGUGAAUGUUAAAGUUUAAUUUAAUAUUACACAAAACGACUUAUGUGGUACAUUUGCAUUUAGACGGAAGCCAUCUUGCAAUCUCUAAUCAAAGGUCCUUGGCUCACAGUUUCGUUGUCUAGUUGAAAGUCAGUUUAUUCCACUAUAAAAUAAUCAAAUGGCGUUAAAACGAAUUAAUAGGGAAUUACAAGACCUGGGAAGAGAUCCUCCAGCACAAUGUUCUGCAGGUCCACACGGAGAAGAUCUUUUCCACUGGCAAGCCACAAUCAUGGGUCCAGUCGACAGUCCCUAUCAAGGAGGAGUGUUCUUUUUGACCAUACAUUUUCCUACAGACUAUCCAUUCAAACCACCAAAAGUUGCAUUCACAACACGUAUUUACCACCCCAACAUAAACAGUAAUGGUUCCAUUUGCCUCGACAUUCUGCGUGCACAGUGGUCUCCAGCACUCACCAUUUCCAAAGUGUUGCUCUCAAUUUGUUCUCUGCUAUGUGAUCCAAACCCAGAUGACCCAUUGGUGCCAGAAAUUGCUAGGAUCUACAAAACGGACAGAGAAAAGUACAAUGAAUUAGCUCGCGAGUGGACAAGGAAGUACGCCAUGUGAUGAGUCUGUGGUGACUACAGCUACACAUACACACAUCGCCACCGCCCGGGCUCCAUCCCUCCCAUCCCUUGUUCCCAAUCCUUUUCAAUCAUUCUCAACUACCCAAUAAUUUUCUGGAAAAUGUAUGGUAUUUUACAGUCACUUGCCUGUAACUUAAUUUCAGUAUGAUCAAAAAUAUGGUAAUUAUCUCUAAAUAACAUGAUGAUUUGUGGAAAGCUUGAGUUUUUGUCCAAUAAGUGGUAAUUUAUCAACUUUGUCUGAUGUGUAUUUCUGUCCUUAGAUGUCACUUUCGUACACUUGAUUAGUUGAAGUUAAGAUUAGUUAAUUAAAUUCAUUUGAAAUAAUGUAUUCAUAAACAAUUUGUACUUUAACUAGAUCUAAAAUUGCAUUGUGAAAGUUUACAAUAGCCUGUGUCUAGGAUCUGGAGCGUGUUCAUUGCUUACCACUUGUCCACUUCUCAUAGUAACUUGUCAAUGAAAUGUGAGUACCUAAACUCAUGAAGUGUUAUGAACAUUUUGAGUAAUCUACUAAUAAUAAGUGGUAUCCAAGCGUGCUCGUUGACGGAGUCGAGCGAGCGAUAUUUAAUUCUUUUUUUAUUAGUAAAACUGUUUUUUUAAGUUUUAGUAAAUGUAGCGUGCUACAAUCCAGACUGAACUUCUAUAAAAAACAAUUGAAGUAAUCAGUUUUCUUUCAUCCACAAUAUCCUGAUUGUAAAGAAGGAAAACGCUCCAAUAGCUGCAUCUUUAUAAAUUACAGUGUAUCUCAUAAGUUACGAUAAUCUAGUUUUUUUCAAUAUGGCGUUCUUUAUAAUUUUAUCUAAUAUAUAUUGUGGUUGUAAGGA